ACAAAGCAGUGUGGUAGGAAAAGUGCGGUGAGUUCCGGGUAAUGAGCGAAACAAGGCGCAACAGAGCGAAGGCAGACAGCGAAAGCGUCCCAGAGUGACGGGGCGUUGCCAAGAAGUGGGAGCCCCAGCCUGUUCCUGAGGAAUUCACCACGGGGACUCGACGGGGCCGCGUGCACGUCGCGUAGAGGACUCCUUAUUCCGACGGGGACGAAGCAUAGGCAGGACGGCGAUCGGCUAUGGUAGCCGAGAAUGGUCCGGACGAGAAGCUGGUGGUGUCUAAUUUGCGGCUGCUUCUUCUGGCCAAUACAUGCAAUUAUCCAAGAGCCUCAAAACGUACGAUUAAAUUCAAUUAUGCUUAAUAGUGUUCUCCUGUGGGAUCCAUCAAAUUUUUCAGAAGGAAAUGUAACUUACACAGUUCAAUAUAAAAGUAGUUUGAAGUCAAGUUUCACUGACUUGUGCCGAAGAAUAUACUUCACAGAGUGCAAUAUUUCAAAUACACCUAAAUACAGUCUUUCUAAUUUAAGAAUUAGAGCUGAAUUUGAGAAUAAACAAUCGCAUUGGAUAUAUUUUAACUUCACACCAUUCAAGGACACAAUCAUUAUACCUCCUAUUGUACAAAUUACACCCACAAAACCUGGAAUCUUGGAUGUUUACCUCCAAAGCCCUCCUGUUAUACUUAAUAAUAUCACAUAUUCCUUGAAGAAUUUUUAUGGUUCGAUAGUUUACAAGAUAAAAAUUUGGAAGAAUGCUAGUGAACAGGUUAUCGAUGUGACUACACCACACACUUUAUAUGUAAUAUCUGGCCUAGAUACUGGAAUAACAUAUUGUCUUAAGGCUCAAAUAUUUAUUGAAGAAUUGAAUAAAUCUGGAGAGUGGAGUAAAGCCACUUGUACCCAAACAAUUAAUAGUAAUAAUAUAGUAGGGACAGAUCAAGUAACAGUGACGGUUAUUUUCCUAACAGUAUUGGCAUUCAUUUUUUUCUGCGGUUGUAUGAUUGGUUGUAUUUAUCACUGGAUUAAAUAUAGCUUUUUCCCUUCAUAUUCUUUGCCACAACAUUUCAUUCAGUUUUUAAGCCACCCUUAUCAUAGUUCACAAUUUCUUGAAUCCCAGUCACAGGGAGAGGAUCAUAACUAUGAUACACUUACUGUUCUUUCAGAGAAGUCAAAACUGUGUAAUAGUGAAUCGGAAAAUAAAACGAACAACAUGAAACAGCUGUAAAGAUCUCAAGAAGACACCAUUAGACCUAAAGAAAUUUCAAGUUGUACAACUUUGCUUCAUAUUUGAAACUUGGGAAUAAUAUACUGUACUUUAAGGAACUUAUUGGAAUUUACAAAAUGACACUUAACACUUUGCACAUUAUCAAGUCAUUAAUAGUGGAGUUUUUUUACUUGUUAAAAAUUUUGUAAGAUUUUCUAUUUUUGAAAUUUAUUUAUACUAAAGCCUUAAUUUUAGAAUAAAAUGUAAUAAGUAAAGUUAUGAAAAUAGUAUAGCAUUUAAAAUAUUCUGAAUAUAUUUUAUUCAGUAGUAUUUGCUUUAUUAUUUUGAAGAGCAUUUAAUAAAAAUAAAAGUA